AUGACCGACGCAACCGCGAAGGAGAUCGCCUCCAUUGUAGCCUCCCCCAGCUCGCCAGAAGCAGAAAACCAACCAACCCUCACCCGCAACGGCAACAUCCUGAACGAUGGCCUCCAACGAGGCCUCAAGCACCGCCACCUGGUCAUGAUCAGCUUCGGCGGCGUACGGGCCCGUUGGCGGCCUGAUCUGCUCCUCAUCAUCGACGUCGACGUCUUCUUCGUAACGCAAUGCCUAGGCGAGAUGACCACUCUCUUCCCCGUCAAAGGCGCCUUUCUGGAGCUGGCUGGCCCCUUCGUGGCCGCUUCGUGGACGAGUCGUUGGCGUUUGGCUUGGGGUGGAAUUGUCGUCGAUGAACUCUGCCCUCUACGUUGCGUCCAGGGACGAGCCCCGAAGUUCUUUGCCAAGACCACCUCGAACGGCACACCGGUCAAUGCUCUGGUCCUAUCGAACGUGCUUGCGUUGGUAUCGAUGCUCAACUACAAAGCUGGUCCAGGCAAGGUCUUCACGUACCUUUUCAAUAUCAGUGGAUCCGCUACGUUCAUUGCCUGGGCGGCUCAAGGCAAUGCGGUCGAGGCCAUACCCUUCAGGGCCAUACUCUAUCCCUUCGGCACAUAUUCUGUGACCUUCAUGAACAAAUUCUUGGUCUUCAUUGCUGGCUAUGGCGAUUUCGUCAGUGGUUUCCAACCGGUGAAGUCCGUGGUCGACUAUGUGGUCAUUGCUGUGUUCGUGGCGCUGUUCGUGUUCUGGAAGGUGUUCAAGAAGACCGCAGUUGUGCCGCUUGAGCAAGUGGAUCUGGUCACAGGGAGCCGUUACGCCCUGUUGCUGACGAGUUGGGCAUGCUACCUAACGAGCUCACGAUGA